AUGCUUCUGGGCUAUCACCUCCUCUGGUCAACCACUGCGAAUGUUGUUGGCACACCUGAGCAAAUCGAGCGCACUCAUGAAUUGAUCAUCACCAAUAACUACUUUGUCGGCGGCGCUGUCAACCCUCGAGACAGCGAUCUGAAGAUUACUUCGGAUGGCGACCACAUUGUCUUCAAUGGAACUAAAUUCUUCAACACUGGCGGAGUCGUAUCUGAUCUGACCGUCUUGGAGGGGGUCCUCGAAGGCACCGAUAGCCACAUAUUUGCUCUGGCUCCUACCAAACAGGAGGGCGUGGUUUUUGCUCACAACUGGCACAAUAUCGGUCUGCGUCUGACCGAGUCUGGUGGUGUGAAGAUCAACAACAUUCGUGUGCCUUGGGCAGAUGCUCUAGGGUGGGAGGAGAGCACCAAGCAGCCUCGCGAAGAUGUUUUGACCGGUGCCUUCCCAACUCUGCUUCUUCCCACUAUCCAACUCGUCUUCAGCAAUUUCUACCUGGGAAUUGCUCUCGGUGCCCUCGAAUUUGCCUCCAAUUACACCAUCGCAACCACUCGCGCAUGGCCUUUUGGAGGCGAUAAUAAGGAAUCCGCGACCGACGAGUUCUAUAUUCUCGAGCGAUACGGCAACUUCUUCGCCCAUCUCCGCGCCACCGAAGCACUGGCAGACCGCGCGGGUGAUCGUCUAUCAGCAAUUUACAGCAAGUACCAAAGUAAUCGACUUGCGCUUAAGCCGGAGGAGCGAGGGGACGUGGCCGAGUGGAUCGCUAGUGUCAAGGUGGUUACCACAGAUGUCGGGCUCCGCGUCACCUCGGGCGUGUUCGAGGUGACUGGUGCGCGCGCAACUUCGCUGAAGGUCGGCCUGGAUCGAUUCUGGAGAGAUAUCCGAACUCACACUCUCCACGAUCCGGUGGCCUAUAAGAAUCGAGAACUGGGCCGAUACGUGCUCCUGCAGGAGUACCCCGCGCCGUCUUGGUACACAUAG